AUGUAUAAGAUGCUAACUUAUUCAUCCUUGUUGUCAUUGUCAGGGGCUAUGCUGCGCGGCCAGAGUAUGAUGGGCAUGAUCGCCUCACCCUCAGGCAUGGACCAAAAUCUAAGCGGCGCAGGUCAGCCUAAUCCAGGCCAACAGGCUAACGGUAUGGGCGGCAACGAACAGCGACCACCCUCAGCCGAAGAUCAGAGGCGACUUUUGAACUUUUUCAAGGAGGCUAUACGGAAGCACCAAAUAGGACUCCAGCUAUCUGACGAGGAGAAGGCUCUAGUGGAUCGAUUGACCAUAAAACCUCAGAUACUACCGCUGCUGGAACAGAGCCUGGAGAAGGCCACGAGAGAGGAGCAGCAGUUGAAACAACAACAAAUGAUGAUGGCCCAAAAGGCAGGAUUGGGGGCAGUAGCAGGAAUGAACGCCCGUCAAAUGAGCUUCGAAGGAAUGUCAGCCAUGUCUCCGUCGCAUUUGCCCUUUGGCACUCCCAAUGCACUCAAUCCGAACUCAGUCACAAAUACACCUGCCACCGCCCCGAAUGUGGGCACUCCCGGAGCGGGACCGCACACACGGGUGGGUACACCCAUGGCCAGUAGUAAUAGUAAUACUAACAACAAUAACAGUAACACGGCCAACCUCGCCUCUGGAGCUGGUGCCAACUCCAAGACACAGUCAGGCUCAGCUCUGCAUAGCACGAACACAGGCAUGAGUGCAAGUGCGGGUGGCAGUACGAGCGCAGCGACGCUCAAACGCAGCAACACGAACAACAGCACAACGGAGGGGAAAGGAGACGAAGACGAGGGCGUAGGCGCCGGGGGUAAGAUCAAGCGCAAGAUGUCCAACGCUCGCAAAACCAAGCGACAGAAGCUCGGCGAUUUUAAGGAAGAAGGGGACAAGAAUACUGCAACCAGUAGUACCACUGGUGCUGGGGCCAGACCGAAUACAGCGGAGGGCAAAGCCAAUGGCAGGAACUCAAGUGCGUCGUAUAAACGUCCGGGCGAGAUAAAGACUACGGCAUCGGGUAGGAUCUCCAGGACUGGCAGUGCAAGUAAGGUGGGGGCGUCCAAGAAAAAGAGCUCUGCGGCAACUACACCCAAGACCGAGCCAGUCUCUGGGGGUGGCUUCCCGGCCACUGGACUGAGUAUAGUCGAAACCCCAGCACCGGGCGAGAGUAAGGUAUCGGGGUCGAGUACUGCUGGUUUGGACAUGGACAGCAAGAGCAAGCCGAAUAAGAACAUGAAUGCGAAUGCACUGAGGCCGGUGAUAUCGGAGGUUGAUGUGUGUGCCGAUCCUGCGGAGCUGCAGAAAGCCGGCCCGGACGCUAAGGCAAGGUAUACGGCGUCGCAAGUCACCCUGGACUUGAAGCCCAUUCACGAGGUAUGA